AUUGAAGAUUUCAGACACGAUUUUCAUUUUUUUUCCCUCUCUGUUCUUCCUUGUUCUUGUCUUUUCCAAUUAGGUUUUCGUUUUUCAUUUAUCAAAUGCUCUCUUUUCCCUUCGAUUUCAUGGUUUGAUUUCUUUAGCGGUUUUAUCUGGUAAGCAUUGCCUCGUUUUCAUGGCGCUUUUUUAUUAAUCCUGCGGCGGAUUUUUAACAGACGCAUUGAUUGUUGUUCUUCGUUGAUUUAGUUGACGAUUUUAUUGAAAUUCUCUUAGAGGUAGAUUUAGUAUGUUCUUUUGCACGAUUUUGUAAUUAAUUGUGCUGAAAGUUGAAAUCUCAUUUCCGUAAUUCGAUUCAGAAGCUUAAUUAUUGAUUUAGAGUCCAGGAAUCGGUAGCUGAGUAUCAAAUUUUUGAAUUACUUGCUCUGGUUAGUAUUACAUUAUUGGAUAAUGGACGACGGGGAGAUUGAUUUUUCGAAUCAAGAAGUGUUUUCGAACCCUAAUAUGGCGAUUCCAAGCAGUUGCUCAAUGGAUAGUUUCUUUGAUGAUCUUCUCAAAGACGUUCAUACUUGUACUCAUACUCAUACUUGCAUUCCACCGGGCCCUGAUUACUCUCAUACCCACACCUGUUUCCAUGUCCACACUAAAAUUCUCCCUGCCUCACCUGAAGAAGACAAGGUUGUUACUGAUGAUACUGCGGAAUCGACUGAAAAGAAGUCAAAGAAACGCCCGUUGGGCAACCAGGAAGCUGUUCGUAAGUAUCGUGAGAAGAAGAAGGCUAGGGCAGCCUCAUUAGAGGAUGAGGUUGUUAGAUUGAGGGCUUUGAAUCAGCAUUUGAUGAAGAGGUUGCAAGGGCAGGCAGCAUUGGAGGCUGAGAUUACUCGGCUCAAGUGUUUGCUUGUGGAUAUUAGGGGCAGAAUUGAAGGGGAGAUUGGUUCGUUUCCUUAUCAGAAAACUGGUAAUCCCAACCUGUCCAACACAAGCAACCCUGGUGCUUAUGUGAUGAACCCAUGUAAUAUGCAGUGUGAUGAUCAGGUUUACUGCCUUCAUCCUGAGGGUAAUGGAAGUAGAAGUGGUGAAGGUGCUGUGAUCAAUGGACAGAGUUUUGGUGCUUGUGGAUUCGAAAAUCUUCAGUGUUUGGCGAAUCAUGACUCGGGAUCAAAAGAGCUACUCGGGGACGGGAUGGGGAAUGCUGUUUCGAAUGAUACUUCUUCUGGAGUGACAAAGAGAAAAGGACGACGUAAAGAGACAUGGACCUGAUGAACUGAUUAGUCUAGUCAGACAUCAACGUCUUCAUCCAGUCAAUGCCUGCGGGGUGGUGCAUACCUCGAUCAAUAAGUGUAUUGUUGCGCAACUGCAACAUUUGAUUAUCAUCUUGUUAUCGAUCGCCUCUCGACCCAUCUGAAAUGGCGAAGCUUCUUCAUAUGGAACACUCCAGUUCCUAUACGCGUCUUUGGAUGUGGAGAAGCGAGAUGGAAUAGCUUAGCCAAGUUGUGUUAGUGAAAGUAGAGCAAAUUUGACUGGCCCCAAAUGGGGACUCGAACACCAUUUCGACUCAGCCUUUUCUUUCUCUAUGAAAACUAACAAAAGGCAGAGCACCCAACUGUAUUGGUUUUGUUCUCUAUUUGAUUUCAGUUUCUAAUGUGCAUUCUGAGAAUUAUUUUCUUUA